UUCAACCUUGCCGCAGCUGCUCGCAUGCCGUCAAUGUGACCGGCCAAAGCAAUGAAAAGAGCUCGAUGGAUUUUUAAAGGGAAACGCACCUCCAAUAACCACAGUUGCUACCAGCUGGGUGGGUUUCUUUUGUGAGAGCAUGGCACAUGUGCACUCUGUACUUACGGAUGCUCACUGACUUUGCUUGCCGUGCACGUGUGCUGGACGCAGCCCAGACAGGAGCAAAUCAGCUUCUCACACAAGCUCCCUCAGGAAGAAUUUCUGUCUCACACUCUGCCUCUCUCUCUCUCUUAACCAGUCUAUUCCCUUCUAGAGAUGCACUGAUAAGCCGUUGGCUGGAGUGGAAGACUUGUGCACAGGGAACACAGAUGCUCUACAUGUAUUAGACGGACACACACACUCACUGUAAGAUGCCAGCUCAUCUGAGCCUGGCAGAGCAGGAACGGGAGUGGAGGAAGACAGAGCUGGGUCUCGCUGCGAUCUCGGAGAAGGGACGGAUGAAGAUGUGCGACACUGCGAGGAAGCAGAGAGAUUCCAGAUCUGACGUGAAACCCACAGCCUUUGAGCAAAAAAGAAAAGCAUGUGCUCCACUGAACAUUAAAUCAGCACAGAUUAAUAUCAGCAAACGAAAUGGAAAUAAUACAGAAUCAAAUGUGCUGAAAGUGGACAAGAGACUGCGAUUGGCCCGGGAACGCAGAGAGGCGUACCAAAAACAGCUGGCACUGCGCGAGCGCGGUUGGCUGGCGAGGGAAGAGCGGGCCAAGCAGUUCUAUGAGAAACACCUUGAGGAGCGAAAGAAGAAGUUGGAAGAGCAGCGACAAAGAGAGGAAAGGAGGAGGAUGGCGGUCGAGGAGAAGCGCAAACAGAGGCUCAAAGAAGAAAGAGAGCGUUAUGAGUCUGUGGUGCAGAAGACGAUGGAGAAAAGUCAGAAGGCCAAACAGAAACCUGGCCAAUGCUCACGAAGAGUCAACAAGAAUGAAAACAAUAAUGCUAAGCGCCGCUCUCUUAGUCAAUGGGAGAUUGACCUUGUCCAUCGUCUUCAGACUCCUACCGUCUCUUAUCUAGCCAGAAGCAGGAGUGCUGUGUGUCUGUCACGAGACACAGUUGUUCAUAUUUGUCGUCGUUCAGCCUCAUGUCAUACAAUGAACUCAAGCACCACACGAAAGCCCCAGGUGCAUUGCGGGAAAGUGGCAAACAGGCCUGCAAGCUCAAGUCCAAACGUCACCAUCCGCAGAACCACCAACAGAGAGCUGGUGGCAAAAGGCAGUUUUGCGGGACUGGACUUGAAAAAGCCACAGCUACAAACAACAACAAACGAAAUCAAGCCCAAACAGGACAAAAACCCACCAGAGAAUACUGUCCUCCCAACAGCAUGGCUGCAGAACAGAUCGCAUAUCAGACAAGCCACACUUAAACAAGAUAGUUUGCCUCCACUGCCAGAAGAGGAGGAUCUAGAAUCGGAGGAAACGCUUGCUCAACAAUGUCUGCAAGAUAACCAACUCCAGUCGAAUCCAGCUACUAAUGGGCCUUCGAACCUACCAGCAGGCUCACAGAUUCCUAAUGGUUACUGUACUAGAGAGCAAGAGGCUCGUCAGAGGGUGCUGGCAGAGCAGCAGAGACUGGAAAGAGAGAGUCGUUUCCAGAAAGAGGAGGCCGAACGCCAAGACAGGAAAAAGCGUCUGGAAGAAAUCAUGAAAAGAACAAGAAAGACAGACUCUGAUAACAAGAAAACUGCAUCAGUGAAGGACAACUUGCCUUGUGAGAACAUGAAGCCUGUAAUCAGGCUACCAGGUCCAGGAAAAACGCCAAAACUGGAGCUGAGGGACGAGGAGGAUAUGCUUCCUACUGUGGCUUUCAAGGAGCGACGGUCCUUCCGCAGUCUUUCUGGCCUGGAUGAGAUACAAGCCCAUCAGCAAACCGAGGUUAUUUAACCCACGGACCUGUCAUACGAUGCCAAGACCGUCAGAGCAACUUCAGCAAGCUUGUCUUUCUGAACAACACAAAAACAUCAUAUGCACUUCAUUUCCCUGCACUUUAAUAAACCUGUAGUUUAAUAGUCACACUUCCUUAUCCAGAUUACAGUUCUUUACUGCCCAGUUAAAAUGCUUAAAUUACGGCUUGAUUUGCUAGAGGGACAUCAUGCAUCGCUCAGAAGCCAGAUAACUUUGGGUAUGUGGUAAGAUUCACUUAAUAUCAAUAACAAUUAUAAUAAUAAUAACACUUGAAUAAUACUUAUGGACUUAGACUA